AUGACAACAAAGAGGAUCAUAUCCAUUGCGAUGCCCAAAAGAAUAGGUUUCGUUCUUUUUCUUCUUAUGUUCUUUUGGUUUUCUGUAUUAAUUUUCGAUCUUCAUCAUAGAAUUAUUGAAUACCAGCCACAGCCAAUUAUAUCAGAAGAAAAUCGUUUGAUAAAGAUUCAGAAUAUUGUUAAUCAGCUGCGACGUGACAUCGAAUAUGAAAUGGAGAAUUACGAGUUUCCCAAUGGAGAAUUUAGUCGCAAUAUAAGCAAUCUUGAUGAUUUGUUGAUAGAAAGAGGUGGCAGGCCAAUGAGAAGUAUUCUUAUUGCUGGCUGGAGAACCGGAAGUUCUUUUACUAGUGCCAUUAUUAAUUCACAUCCUGCUAAUUUUUAUUUAGACGAACCACUGCAGGACUUUGGUCAUGUGCGAAUUCGUGGCCCCCUGUUAGUUAAUGCUGCAAUUAAAAAUGUUCAAGCAUUUUUUAAUUGUGAAUUUGAUAAAUUACAACACUUCAUAAAUUUCGUCAGACCCAACCAAUGGGUAUACAAAGGCAAUCAAGGUUUAUGGCCGGUUUGUGUUAAUCAAAAAGAUUUAUGCUCGGAUCCAAUAUUUUUAACUGCAGUCUGUCGGCUGUAUCCAUUCCAAUCGAUGAAAUUUACUCGGCUGCCAUUAGAAUCUGCUCGAGUAUUACUGGAGGAUGAACACCUGAGAGUCCGCAUGAUUUUAUUAGAGAGAGAUCCACGAGGAGUCAUGCAAUCGCGUCGGCAACUCGAUUGGUGUAAAAAUUCUUCUGAUUGCUCAGAUCCGAAAGUUCUGUGCAAAGAUAUGGUAACAGAUCAUGAGGUUGCCGUCGAACUUAAAAAAAAAUAUCCACAUACUUUCAAAGUCAUGCGGUAUGAAGAUCUAUCUCUUGAUCUUCGGCAUAAAGCAGAAGAAAUAUUUGAAUUUUAUGGUCUCAACUUUCAUUCAAAUGUGAAAAAGUUUUUGAAAACACAUACUAAGAAGAAUUCAGGCAAUAGUUACAGCUUAUUUCGUGAUUCAAAAAAGGCGCCUGUUCACUGGCGCAACGAAAUGAAUUUUACAGAAGUUGAUGAAAUUCAACGUGUAUGUUCAACUGCAAUGAAACUAUGGGGAUACGUUCUAGCUGUCAACGAAACUCACCAAAAGGAAUUUAAUCCAAUCAUUAAAGAUUAUUAACUAUUUUAAUCCAUAAUUUGACUUUAGUUGUACACUGUUAAAAAUCACCGGGGUAAGUUCAAGCGGUGUAGGCGUUAAAAUCGGCAGUCUUAAAUUUCAACGCCGAAAGUGGUGUAAAAAUAACGCCGCCGCCGGUGUAAGUAUUCUUUACCGUUGUUAAAAUAUUUUACUUUGUGAAUAUUUUUACUCACUCGAUC